AUGCCUGAAAACGAGGAAAUUCUGAUAAUCAGCUUCGACAGCAUGAUUUUAAUGAUGAAUCAUUCCCGAACCAUUGAAAAAGUCCUGGUGGAGAACGGCUAUGACUUGGAUGAAGUUGCUAAAGAUAGUGGGAAUUAUCUUCUUAUGCGGGGACUUCCUGUCGAGGCGCAGGAGAGCUUGCGGGCUUUGAGGGGCGUUCAUGUUACUGCUGAGCAGGAGGAUGUGGAUUUUUAG